UCGCCCCGCAGCACCCAGGGCCGCUCCAUGCCCAGGCUGACAUCCCCCGGCAAUACCGGGGACACCCAGGGCCGGUCCGUGCCCAGGCUGACAUCACCCCGCAGCUCCCAGGGCCGGUCCCUGCACCGACUGAUAAUGCCCCGUAGCACCGAGGGCACCCAGGGCCGGUCCGUGUCCCGGCUGACAUCCCCCGGCAAUACCGGGGACACCCAGGGCCGGUCCGUGUCCCGGCUGACAUCGUCCAGCAGCUCCAAGGGCCGGUCCCGGUCCCAGCUGACAUCGCCCCGCAGCACCGAGGGCCGGUCCGUGCCCAGGCUGACAUCACCUGGUAACUCCAAGGGCCGGUCCCGGUCCCGGCUGACAUCGCCCCGCAGUACCAGGGACACUGAGGGCCGGUCCCGGUCCCGGCUGACAUCGCCCAGCAGCACCAAGGGUCCAUCCGUGUCCCGGCUGACAUCACCCGGCAGCUCCAAGGGCCGGUCCCGGCUGACAUUGCCCGGCAAUACCGGGGACACCGAGGACCAGUCCCAGUCCCAGCUAACAUCGUCCAGCAGCUCCAAGGACCAGUCCAUGCCCAGGCUGACAUCGUCCAGCAGCUCCAAGGGCCGGUCCCGGUACCGGCUGACCUUGCCCCGCAGUACCGGGGACACCGAGGACCCAUCUGUGUCCCAGCUGACAUCGUCCCGCAGCUCCAAGGGCCGGUCCCGGUCCCGGCUGACCUUGCCCCGCAGUACCGAGGGUUGGUCCCGGUCCCGGCUGACCUUGCCCCGCAGUACCGGGGACACCGAGGACCCGUUCAUGUCCCAGCUGCCAUCGCCCCGCAGCUCCCUGGGCUCGGGGGGCACCGAGAGCCGUCCCAGCCUGGACAAGGGGGAACAAGGCCCGCGGGGGCGCAGGUCCCACCCUGCCGGCUCCUCGCAGCCGCCCGUCCUGGCCCAGCCCCUGAGGAGCCGCCGGGCCUGCAGCGGCCCGGUGGGGCCGGAACCGGCCUCGGUGAGGAAAACAUCCCCUGACCCACAGAGAGAGGCCUCUCACCGUGCCGAGCAGGAAACCCAGACUGCGGCCUGGGCCCAAGAGGAUUCAGCUGUUCAAUACACUGAGCAGAUGACACAGACAGAUCUUGUGGCAGAACAGGAGAAAAACUCAGCUGCUCCCCUCAUGGUUGACCAGAAGACACAGACUGAGACUCCAAGACAAGUGAAUUCAGCUUCUCCUCAAACCAACAAGAGGACACAGAGCAAGGCGCACGGCUCUGCCCGCUCCACAGGCACAGGUGCCCCGGCUCAGCAGCAGCAGCCGCCCUCACAGCUGUGCAGGGCGUUCUGGCGCUCCUGCACAUCUGGACAGCCUCCUGCUGCCAGCACCCUGCAGGGGCCCGGGGACAGCCGCUGCUCCAGGCAGCCAAAACGUCCUGAGCGCGGCACGCCAGAGAAGUGGGGAUGGAUGACACUGCCGCCCUACUCCUGGCCAUGGCUCAUUGAGAUGAAUCAGUUUUAAUAAAAUAUUUCAUUCCUCUAA